AUGUGGCUUAAGAAAACUGAUGUGGUGUGUAUCACAGGUGGAGCUUCAGGCCUGGGGGCAGAGUUGGCACGAGAAUUCAGCUCGCGUGGUUGCGCGGUAGCUGUUAUCGACAUUAUCCGGCCUGCGCUUGCCGACCUGGUACCCACUGUUCGGUAUUUGUCGGCAGAUGUGCGAGACUUGGACGCAAUGACAGCCUGUGCUGGAACAAUUGCUGAUGAGCUUGGUACGGUGACUGUCCUUAUCAACAAUGCAGCGGUGAGGCGCCCCUGGACGCCAAUCCUGUACGAAGAUGUAGCUGAUAUGCAGUGUGUCCUUGAUGUGAACCUCAUGGGCGUACUAUUAACGACGAAGCUGUUUUUGACUGGAAUGACACUGCGCGAACGUGGCACUAUUGUGUUUGUGUCUUCAGCCCUGAGUAUGCAGUCGCCAGCGGGCCUGGCAACAUACGGUGCUUCAAAGGCAGGGCUGGUGGGUAUCUAUGAAUCAAUCACUGGCGAGUUUUCCGCCAACGAGCACAUUAAAACACUUUUGGUGUGUCCGGGCCAGCUGGACACUGAGAUGUUUGGAGACAUAACUACUCCGUCUAGGCUAAUCGCUCCGGUGGUGAAUAAAACAGCCCUCGCUAAGCGGAUUGUCCUGCGGGUAGAAAAGGGGGGGGAGGGCUUCCUCUACACACCUUUUUACGUACAUUUUUUGCCUGUCAUGCGAAUCGUGCCAUAUACGAUAUCACGGCGCCUCAGGAAACUCUCCGGAAUGGAUGACGUUCAUCCGGGUCAACGCACUAGAGACUAUACAUAG